AUGAUAGCACCAUCGCUAGAACCAGAUAAUAAAGAAUCAACUAUUGAUAUACUCUAUGAUUUAUGUCGAGAAAAUCAAGUUGAAAAACUUCAAAAUUUGCUUACAUCAGUAGAUAAUAUUAGCAUAUUGAAUACAAUUCAAAAUUUAACUGGUUCAACAUGUCUGCAUGUCGCGUGUUAUUAUGGACAUAAAGAACUGGUUCAAGUUUUAUUAGAUUAUGGUGCAUUGCCUUCAACUAAAAACAGACAUAAUUUGACAGCAUACGAAGAAUCAUCUGCUGAGGAAAUAAAACAGUUAUUUAUUAAUAAACGAAUAUUUUAUUCUGAAACAGAUUAUGAUCACAUUCAAUGGUCAAUUACCGGUCAUGAUUUAAUAGAAAAACGUCGAGAAUUUCUGCAAACAAUUUAUUUAUAUAGAACAUACAAUAAUCGUCAUCCAAUUAUAUCAAAAUUAUUAGCAGAAGUAAUUCAUUAUUAUUUAAAUGAACAUUUGAAGAACAUGUCUCGUAUCGGUAAUUCUGGAGAUCGAAUUACCGAAGAACAAAUUAAAGUUAUUGAAGAUUAUUUUCGUAAAGCUAUAGAUGAAAAAGAUUAUCUGACAUAUUUCAUAAAAGCUUACACAUUAACAGAUUAUUUUCAUAGAAUAUUAAAUAAACAUUUAGCUUUAUAUAUUCUACAAUAUUUUGAUCAAACAAAAGAUUUCUGUUCAAAUUAUCGUCUAGUAAAUUGUCUCGUACAUAUUGUUACUCUAUUAAAAUUUCAUCCAGAUAUUUGUAGAUAUCAAUACAAAGGUGUAUGUUAUCGAGGAAUGAGAAUAACAGAAAAUGAUUUGAAACCAUAUCAAUUAAAUCAACAUAUAUUAAAUCGAUCAUUUUUAUCUUCAUCAAUUGAUUAUAGAGUUGCCAAAAUGUUUGCUGGUGAAGGUGAACAGUCUCAAAUGCGACAUACUUUUGAUCAACGUCCAUUACAAUUUUCAUGUUUAUGUCAAUAUAAUAUUGUACAAAAUUCAACAGCUAUCAAUGUACAAGAUUUAUCAAUGAGACCGGAUGAAAAAGAAAUUCUUAUUUUACCAUUUGCUGUUUUCAAAGUGGUGAAUCUCAAACGAAAUUAUAUUGAUGAUUCACAAGCAGCAAUUUCAGUUGAAAUUGAAUUAGAAGAAUGUGAAGAUCCAGUUUUAUUAUCAAUCAUUGUUUUGGCUUUAACACUAGCACUAAUAUUUGUAUUUGUAAUUAGAAAAAAAUAUUCACAAAAUGACGAAGAUUCAUAUGAUUCACCAAAAGGUAAACUUUAAAGACCAUCUUAAGAAGUAGAAGUGUUUACUUUAUUCUUCAAUGAAAUGAGUCUUGCGAUAAUAUCACACUCUACAUAUUGUCCAUCCAAAACAAGAAUGGUAUCAGGAUCUUUUGAAUAACUUUUGAAUGGUCGAAAUCAGAGAGCUGAGUUUUUCAAGUAAUAUUAUUUUCAUGAAUAUUUUUGCAUCUUUGACAAGGGUUGUCUAGAUUUGGAUACCAUUUCUAUUUAAAAGCUAGUAAAGAGUUCUUACAAUGGAACGGUUUGUACUGUCAAGCCGCUUUCAUGUUCGGAGCAUGUGUAUUAGAUAGACCCCGCUGAGGUAUAAAAAAACCCAAAAGGCUAUGUGCUGAUGGGCCUUCCCUCCAGAGUUACAGUCAUUACACUGAAAUUUUAGCCUAUUGCAUGGUAUCUACCAAAAACACUAAUCACGAUAAUUCGACCUGAAAUUUUCCCCACAAGUAGGCCUACUUGUAACUAGAAUGUUCUGCAAAUUUCAGUUCCCUUCAUAAGAUAUUGAGUUUCGCAAAAACCUGACAUUCUCCAAUCUUUUUGUAGAACAUGAGUGAUUUUGGAAAUUCAAUAUCUCAAGAAGGGAACAUUCUUUUGAACUGAAAUUUGCAGAACAUUCUAGUUACAAGUAGGCCUACUUGUGGGCAAAAUUUCAGGUCGAAAUAUCGU